GCAGUUGAGCUAACCAAAGCGAGGUUAAGAUUAUAUAUUUUAUGCCAAUCAAAAUGACAGGCAUUUGUGAACAACCUAUAAAUUUUAAAUUGCAAGUGCAACAACACCUGAUAGAUGAACGCAUUGCAGAGACCGAAUAGUCUGAGCGUUCCCGUCAAGACCGAUCGCUUUGGUGUCCAGCCAUUGCUGUUGAAUCGGGAAUGUUUGGUUAAGAAAAUCGAGAUCUUAUCGCCCCUGAUCGAAAAACUACAUUGGAGAAGUAAUAAUCAACUGUUUUGUGCCUAUUGGAGCUACCUGGCCGACAGCUACAAGAGGCAACAACAGGAUAUACUCCAACGAAUCGAGCAAAAUGCGGAGUUUUUGAAAAAUAUUGAAAAUAAACGGACAGAAUCCUUUUGGAAAUUUCUGGUACCCCGUAACAGGCGUACUGGCAAUGAACUUAUUUUAAACGAUGUAGCCGCUAAAAAAGCUGAAAAUACCAUCUAUGAGGAAUUUAUGGAAUGCUUUAAUCAUACCGGCACCCCAGUGAAGUCUCGCAAACGACGAUCAGAGUCUUUGUUAUUAACUUGGAGACGCGAGAAAGUUAAGGCUUUAGAUGCGCUCAAAGCAACUAAAAAUCCAUACGAUAUUGAGCAAAUCCAGCAGAAAUUAAAGCGUUUAGAGCAGUUGGAGGAGCGACUGAAUCCAACUCAACCCUAUCCCGAGAGGCUGUAUAAACAAAAGAAAAAGUACGAGCAAGUGCCAAAGAUUCCACGCCCAGCGAAUUGGGCAAUUGAGUCUAUAAGGCCUCAAAAAUCUUCAAUUAGCAGAUAUAAAAAGAAAUCUACAAAACAAAUACAAAUAGAAAGAAAAACACCCGAAGACGAAAUUGAUAGUCCAACGUUGAAGGAAACAAUUGAAAAGGAACCAGAAAGCCGACAUUCUUCGUUGAAUACCAAACAGCAAAGAACAGCUAUUAAAGAAGAACAACUGAUGAAAAUACCCUCGUUUAGUAAAAACUUGCACGAAUCUAAUAAAUAUGAAAUUGAUCAAAUAGAUGUCCUUCAAAUAGAAGUCAUUGAAGAUGUCCAAAGCUAUGAAGCGGAACCAAAUAAAGUUAACUAUCAUUUACCUAGAUCAAAGCAGAAAGCUAAACACAUAAGAAAAGUAAGGCAACCAUCGAAGAUUGAUGAUCUUCAGUCAAAUGAGACUAAAAGAAGACUAACACAGAGUGCCAUUAGUCUUUUUACAUUCAAGCCGAAAACAAAACGUAAAAAAAAAAUUGAUGAAAGAGCAAAGUUGAAGAAACAUGAAAAGAAAGAGACGGAAGAAAAACUGAAAGAUAUUCACGUCUACAUAGCUGAACAGAAACGCAAGCGUACGCCCAAAUAUCUAAGAAAAGUGCAUAAAAGCUUGGAGCAGAAAACGGAAAAACUACCCACCGAUGAAAAUGACUCCAAAAAGGACGAUGAAAAUGAAUCCCAAAAGUUGAAAAGAACUGAGGCAAGUCUAUUAGCAAUUAAACGAUUUACAGAGGAACUAGAAACAAUGUCCAAGCGUAAAAUUCCUGAAGUAGAACAGAAAGAAGAGAGCCAACGUAAUGAAAAUGACAGAGUAAAGGUAAAUGAAGAGAAUGUGAAUAAAAAGAAUGAAGAAAGAGUUAAUAGUUCAGAACAUACACCAAACACAGAUAAAUCUAUCCAAUUCGUUGACCGAAAAAGGAGGCGAACAGCAUCGGAAAAACGCUCGUUAAAGACGAUUAAAGAAGAACCAAGGAAAGGUUCAAUGUCAUUGAAAGCCAUCUCAAGGACCUUGCCCUCAAAGCCCAAAUUGCCAGCAAAGCUAUCAUAUUACAUUUCACAGCAGAAGCUGCCGAAAACCAAAAUACCACUUCGCUGCAGCACGGAAGAUACCUUAAGAGGAACGUUUGAAUCAAAUAAAAGUGGCAGCAGCAAAAUAACGUACGAAGGCGAAGCUGAAGACUUGAGAAUGCCAUUAAGCAAUUUAAGAUUGUAUACCAUUGAUAAAGGUAUUGUGUAUACUAAUCCGUAUGAGGAGCGGCCACAAUAUGGUGGUAUACUGAGAAUUAUAGAACAGCCACAAAUGAAAGUCUCUUUGACGCCAUCAACUACGACGGCCAAGACAAUGCAUCGUACCUCAAGACAUAAGCUAUGCGAAAACAGAUCCACGCUCAGGAUUGCUCGUCACAAACGUCUGACCAAGACCCAUAUUCCAAGUAUGUCGCUCCAAGUAAUGGAAACAGAUGACAGAAAGAGUCCACUGUUGUUGUCCGAUCUGGUAGCCAAUACACAAAAAUCUCAAAGCCUGUACAAUCUGCUGCAGCAGUUAAAUCCAGUGGUGGACAGUGAUAAAGCACAGCCCCAGAAGAACGAAAAAGAAGCAGACCCUUUGCCUAAGCCUAUGCCUAUGCCUAUGACUGUACCUGUGCCCAAGCCAAAGAAGCCAAAGAAGGUUGAAAUCAAAGUUAUUAAGACGCCGCCUGUGGAAUCGCCAAAGCCCCCCCACACCUGCAUUGCGUGCAGGAUUUGCGCUCAGCUAAGAAAACGUCCGCCGUUGCCAAAGCAUCCCUAUAUGGAGCAGAUAGAACGACAGCUCAAGACCCUUGAACUGCGCUCCUACUAUGCGCAAAUGAUGCUAAGCAACUGUCUGCGGGAGAAGCAGUGCCAGAAGCGCCAGCAUCUGGAAAACGAGCUCAAUUUGUGUCCCAUUUAACGGGGAACUCUAGAAAUUGACCAAAUACCAAAAGUGCCAGCGGCCUUUUGCGGUUAAGUCAAGUUCUAAAGUUUCCAGCUAAAACAUUUCGAAUUAGAGAGUAAUUGAUCGGCCGUUUGACAGUUCAUUUCCCUUGCAAAUUGUGCUUAAGUUUUAUAUUCAUAAUUUAAGCUAAUUUUACCAGAGAUUUUGACUGUCAAAGAGCUGAGCUUUCAAUUUACACAAUCGCGACGAAAAUUUCAAAUAUUCUGUGCAAAUUUGUGUCUGUAAUAGUAAGUGUGAAAGUAUGUUGUCCAUGUAAGAAAUCAUUAUGUUGUGCAAAAAUACUAU